AUGGCCGUCUGGCAGUGCAGACUCUGGCGGAUGAUAGGGGUCCUUCAGAGGGACGGGCAACAAGGAACAGGACAGAUCCGGAACUUGACAACGCUCAAGAUACUAAGCGUGUACCUGCACUGCUACCAGAUCUCUCUGGCCACCACUGCCUGGGUCCCUCCCGCCAACAACACUGCUGCCAAGGACGGGCAGGACGGGCCCAGCACCACCGGCUUUGCAAGACACCCUGCGCUGGAGGUCUCCGGGGAGGUCGACGCCGCGAGUCUUGCAGGACUCACGCGCCUGCGGUCGCGCGACCUAGGCGGCUUCGGCGUGCUGUGCUUCGCCGACAUGUUCCUCGACUGCACGAUGCUUCCAGUGAUUGCGAGACAGGCAGCACAGCAGAUCAAGGACACGACGGGCACUACGACGACGGCGGAAGAGCUUGAGACGCUUCUCACCAAGCGGCAGCUCGCGCUUCUCAGCUUGCUGGGGCGCACGGUGGAAAGGUCGAUCGACGAGCAUGAAGAGCAGGUUUUCGGGCGGAAGAACAAGCCACAGCAGCACCACCAUGUCGGGGCCGCUUCAUCCACGGCAGCCGCCACAGCAUCGGGAUAUACGACUGCUGCCUCGUCGCCGGGUUUCUCGGACGCAUCACAGUACCAGGUCGCACCUCGCGAGGGCCACGAGGACUCUGCUGCCGCCACGCAUCCUGCUGCUGCUCCUGUUCCUGCUCGUCGUUCUGCCAGGCACGAUGAACAUGGCAGCAGCAGCAGCAGCAGCAGCAAUGAAGAAUGCGUGGCAGGCAACUCAUCAUUGACACCGACGGCAGCGGGGCCACUAUGGCCAACCGCGGCGCCAUCAUCUGUCUUCCCAGAAACGCUGUGCGACGCACACAUCUGGCCCCUCUCAGGCCCCUCGUCUUCCCCAUACCACCCCCCCUCCUCAUCAUCCGUUUCUCCCUCUGACCCAUCAUCAUCUUCAUCACCGUCCUCUACCUCGUCGUCGUCAUCAUCCUCUGUGCCACAAGGACAGAUCCAGCAGCAGCCGCAAAAGGCACAGCCGCAACACAAAGAGCAACACCACAGCCAACAGCAACCCCCCUUCCAUCCCGGCGACUUCCAGGUCGUCCCGUUCGCCGCGAGGAGGGAGCUCACUCUCAAGUGCAUACCGAUACACGUCGACACCGCGCUGGCGGGGCUGCUCGAGGGCGUGUUCUACGCCAAGGUCGUCGCAUGA